UUUUUUUUUUUAAUUUCGCCAUUCCUACAAAAUUCUUUCUUUCUCUCAUCUCUCUUCCUCCGAUUUUGUCUCCACGCGAAAAGCAUCCACCGGCCGCCGUCGUCGCCGCGCUACCAACCGCCGUCGCACGCCUCCAGCCGCCGUCGUGCGCCGCGCGCCUCCAAUCUUGGCCUUUGUCUUUUUCAGCAAAAAUGCAAUUUGGGGGGCUUCGAAGAUUUUGCAAGAUCAACAAGCGGAACUUUUCAAAUUCGCAAAGUGUAAAUGUUUGCAUUGUCAAUUCAUCCUUUGUUUCUGACAUUGGAAAGUGUUUUCAAAUAGUUCAAAGUUCCGAAAAUUAUUCAACUCUUGCCCGUGCUGAUGAUGAAAUUGACAAGGGAAUGGAGAAAAUGAAACUGGCCAUGAACUUGGCCUCGCUUGUUGAAGAAUCUCUUGAUGUUGAUCUGAGAAGAUCAAAGACUCGAAUGGAACUUAAGAGAUCACUUGAAAUUCAGAUUAAGGAGAGGGUGAAGGCACAAUAUUUGAAUGGGAAGUUUUUGGACUUGAUGGGGAAUGUAAUUGCCUGCCCCAAUACUCUUCAGAAUGCUUACGACUGUAUUAGAAUUAACUCAAAUGUUGACAUUAAGUCGAAUGAUUGUUUGAUCUCAUUUGAAUCUAUGGCCGAAGAGCUUUCUCAUGGUAAUUUUGAUGUCAAUACCAAUACUUUCUCCAUAUUAAGUUCGAGAAAAGAAGUACUAAUUUUACCAAAGAUAAAAUUGAAGGUUCUUCAGGAAGCCAUUAGGAUAGUUUUGGAGUGUGUGUUUAGGCCACAUUUUUCCAAGAUAUCUCAUGGUUGUCGAAGUGGAAGAGGACACUCAACAGCAUUGAAGUACAUCAAAAAAGAGAUAAAAGAUCCUGAUUGGUGGUUCACAGUUGACUUAAGCAAAAAGAUGGAUGACCUUGUGAUGGCUAAACUCAUUACAGUAAUGGAGGACAAGAUCGAGGACCCCAAAUUAUUUGCUGUUAUCAGAAGUAUACAUUUGGCUGGGGCACUGAAUUUGGAGUUUGGGAGUUUCCCAAAAGGUCACGGUCUUCCACAAGAGGGAGUUCUGUCUCCUAUAUUAACAAACAUUUAUCUAAACCUCUUUGACCAAGAAUUUUUCAGAUUAUCUAUGAAAUACGAGGCUAUUAAUGAGUAUGGUAAUACUGGUCAAGAUGGGUCACAAUCAAAGCUGCGGAGUUGGUUUAGGAGACAAUUGAAAGGAAAUAGUUCUGAUUAUCCAGGUGAGGAGAAAGACAAGAUAAGAGUAUACUGUUGUCGCUAUAUGGAUGAAAUCUUUUUAGCAGUAUCGGGUUCUAAAGAUGUUGCUCUUAGUUUUAGGUCUGAGAUUUUUGAUUUCAUGCAGAAGACUUUGCAUUUGGACGUUAACCAUGAAGAGGAAAUGGUAUCAUGUGAGACUCAUGGAAUUCGUUUUCUUGGUUGUUUGGUCAGACGAAGUGUGCAGGAAAGUCCUGCUGUGAAGUCCAUCCACAAGUUGAAGGAAAAAGUUGAGCUAUUUGGUUUACAAAAGCAGGAGACUUGGAAAUCUUGGACAGUGUGGUUGGGAAAGAAAUGGCUCGCUCAUGGUUUGAAGAAGGUUAAAGAGUCUGAGAUCAAGCAUUUAGCUAAAAAUAGCUCUUUGAAUCAAAUUUCCAGUUUUCGUAAACCUGGAAUGGAAACUGAUCACUGGUACAAGGUUCUAUUGAAAAUUUGGAUGCAAGAUCUAAAUGCAAGAGCUGCAGAGAGUGAAGAAAAAAUCUUAUCUAAGCAUGCAGUGGAACCUUCUCUUCCUUUUGAACUUCGAGAUUCCUUUUAUGAAUUCCAAAGGCGUGUGGAAGAAUACAUUUCUUCUGAGACAGCUUCUACUCUUGCUCUUUUACCAAAUUAUGAUCCUUCUGUCAAACCUACUUUCAUAACUGAGAUUAUAGCACCUGUCAAUUCUAUCAGAAAACGACUUUUUCGAUAUAGAUUAGUCACAAAUAAAGGACAUCCAUGCUCCUCUCCUUUCCUCAUCUUACAAGAUAACACUCAAAUUAUUGACUGGUUUUUAGGAGUAUCUCGUCGUUGGUUUAGAUGGUACAACAAAUCUUCUAACUUCAGCGAGUUAUUCUUAAUUUUCGAUCAAGUUAGGAAAUCUUGUAUCCGAACGCUAGCAGCAAAGCACCGGAUACACGAAAGUGAAAUAGAAAAAAAAUUUGACUCAGAACUGAGUAAGAUUUACUCCUCUCCUGAAAUAGAGCAAGGAAAAGAGAAGUCAACAGAUACCCAUGUUUUAGACCAUGAUGAGGCACUAAAUUAUGGAAUUUCAUAUAGUGGUUUGUGUUUGCUAUCUCUUGCUAGAAUGGUCAGCCGAUCUCGUCCUUGCAAUUGUUUUGUCGUUGGCUGUUUGGCUCCUGCACCAAGUGUUUAUACUCUUCAUGUCAUGGAGAGACAAAAGUUUCCGGGAUGGAAGACUGGAUUCUCGAGUUCCAUUCAUCCUAGCUUGAACAAACGACGAUUUGGGUUAUGCAAACAACAUUUGGCGGAUUUGUAUUUGGGUCGCAUUUCUUUGCAAUCUGUUGACUUUGGUGCAUGGAAGUGAAUUGUUUUUGUUCUGCUUAUGAUCUCAUUUAACUUCUAAAUUACUUGCUGGGAUAAGAUUUGCUAAGAGAAAUGUCAUGACUGAGCCUUCAUGGUCCAUAAUUUGCGCUAGCAUACUGAUUUUCUGGUCUCAAUGGUUUCUGAAAUCCUAAUUGGAAUGUUGCGCUGAUUGAACAUUGUUAAAACCAAUGUGAGGACCAGGCUGGAACAACCCAAUGUGAGAAUGGUUAGAACAACAUUCAGUUGAAUGGGUGAUGUUUAUAUCGAUAUCUUGGAAACCUUUUCAAUUGCACGGAUGGAGAAUAUUAGUAUGGGGAUAUGAACAUUUGAACACAGAGGAGUACAUGCCAACUGAUAUAUCAUCGAGAUUAUCAAAGACAAAGUGAUGGUCGUUAUACCAUGUGCUUCAAGGUGAGAAUUGAAAUGAAGUAUAGGCGUGUUAUGUCAGGAGCUGAGAGGACAUUCUAUUAAACAUGACAGUUAGAUACGUGCCUCUUGUAAAAAUACAAAGGUUUGAUUAUAAGUUUAAUUUUUGAGGUUUACGUCUAUUAAGUCUACGAAAAUUUAAAAGUUUCUAAUAGAUGUCUCAUUUUGUGUCCAAUAGGUGCUCAACAAAUUCAGGAGUCUUCUACUUGUGGGAUCAAAUUUACUUCAAUCUAUAUUGAUCCUAAUCUACAUAGUCUAGCACAUCUUUCUAAUGUAGUUGACAUGCUACGUCUUUUUAUAUGAUAAAUCGAUGAGUAGCCUAGGAGUACUACAAACUAAACUUUUUGCAGCGAGUCUUUAAGAGGUUUGGCAGGUCACAUAUGCAAGCAUAGUGUCACGUCCUACAAAAAUGACCACAAAAGUUGCACCAAAAUAGUGCCCAAGGCUCCUUUAGCAAAGUCAAAGAGGACCCCAAUGUUUUAUCUUGAUAGCUCAUGUAUGGCUAAGACACAUGCACAUGACACUGGCGUUUGCCCAUCCAAGGUAGCCAAGCCUCGCAAGUGCCAAGAUAGAUGCCCAUGACAACCCAUAUGCGUGUCAAGACGCAUAGCUCCAUAGGCAUGCUCAGAUGCCCAUUAGUGCAUGGCACCUAUGCGUGUCAAGACAACCCAUAUGCAUGUCAAGACACACAUCUUUCUAAUUCUUCAUGCACAACACUCGCGCACAGUCAUGUGCGCAUGGCUAGGUGGCAGUCCAGACAUGUGCACACACAAGCACAUGCUCAACCCAGAUGACUGCCCAUGUUUGCAGAUGCAUGGCAUGCGCACCAAACACAGACCCAUAACAUGAGUGCCACCUCGCGCAUACACAUAGCAUGCUCCCUUCCUGUGCCAUGACAUGUGUACUACCUCGUGCAUACUAGACAUGCACGCCCAACGUGCAUGCCCUACAGUCGUGCGUGACAUCGUGUGCCCAGCCCAGCGCACACAAGUCUCAAACGCCUGCGGCACCUUACGUGCGCACCUAUGCAUUAGAUGCCCCUAGAAGCCUCUGCAAAUCUCUCGAAGGCUUUAGAAGGGCCAGCACGCCAUGGUUGUGCUGUAGCCCAUCCAUGGCCUAAACAAUCUUGAAAGGCUCUAGAAGGCUCGAGACAGUAUCAAAAUGUGCUAGAAGCAUUCAAACCACUCAAGAAGGCAUUGGAACGUGCGGGAUGAUACUAGGCAGCGUUGGAAUAUUCCAUGAUGGUACUUUUAACGUUGAUCUCGUAUCUACAACGGUCUAGAAAUGUCAUGAAAGGUCUAGAAUGUUCUAGGGCUUAAUGUAAGGGCUAAAACUUAUUGAGAUGGUUAUAGAAGAAGCCAUUAUCGACCUCAAUGCCCUAAUGUCGGCUAUGUGAGUCUAUAAAUACCCCAAGGGGGCCUUAUUUGUACUCAACUCAACUUAAGCAAUUCAAAGGAUUGAGUUAAUCGAAGCUAAGUAGGAGUAUUCUUUUC